AUGAAGUUCACCGCCACUUCCCUUCUCUUAGCUGCCAGCUCGGUCUUCGCCUCUCGCUUUGUCGAGCGAGACAACUUUCUCCAGGUCAGUGAGCUCCGAGCUACAGCUUCCAACAGCUCCGCUGCGAGUAUGCACUUCGUGGUUACCGAUCCAAACUACCCCGAUGACACCCCUACCGACUGCAACUUGAACUGGACCUAUGGAGGGAAGCCCGAGAUAGGUGCCACAUGCGACAACGGUCAAUAUUAUGUCCGAUUCCCCGGUGGUGCCGUCGACUUCCACAAGUUCAUCUUGGAGCUCGAGAGGGUCUCGGGUCCGAUUCAGGAGAAUGGUUUUGUUGUCGUGACCUCGGGCACCGAAUGGUCUUGCAUGGAGAAGCCCGAGGAAGGCAUUCGGUUUGAUUGCUCUUAUGAUGGUAUUCUUGCGAUUCCUGUGUGA